UCCACCAUUUGAGCUGUGACUUUGCAGCGUAGAGUUUAGAGUUUCAAGUUCUUCCUGUGUCGCACCUUGAGUUACGGUCAGGAUUAAAGUCACUGUUGGUUAGAGACAACAAGUGACAUGCAUGGUGAGUUCUGAAAUAUUAUGCAGAAAUAAUAGACCCAGACGGACGGACCAGUAAGACGGACAGACCUGUUACAAAAUGUUUACUCAGUUAGCUUCCCUCUCUCCCUUCCCAGACUCUGAGCUCCGCUGUGGAGACCUCUUGCAUGGAGUCUCCUCCACCUACGUGGUGGAGCGCUUCCUGGGUGAGGGCAGCUUUGGGAAGGUCGCCCGGUGCCUUAAAUCAGCCACCCAGGAGAGGGUGGCUGUCAAGAUAUUCAGGAAUCAACCCCGCCUGAUUGAAGACGCUCGGCAAGAGAUUCGCAUGUUACAGAGUAUCCAGGAGCUGGACACGAGUCACAUUGUGAGAUGGAGCGGAUGGUUUGAGAGUGGACCCCACUUCUGCCUGGAGUUCGAGCUCCUGGACAGGAGUCUCCGUGACGUCCUGGAUUGGAGAAAAAGGAUGACCUUGAAGGAAAUCAACGAGGUUCUGUACCAGUUGGCCACAGCAUUGACUCUGCUGGAGACGUUUGAGAUCAUCCACGCCGACCUGAAGCCAGAGAAUAUCAUGGUGGUCGAUUGCCACAGACCUCUCAAAGUUAAGUUGAUUGACUUUGGCUUAGCACGCCAUAUAUCUCAGGUUCAGGUUGGAGAUACAAUUGUGACCCAAUGGUACAGGGCCCCGGAGCUCCUGUUAGGCCUGCCUUACACAGGGGAUGUUGAUGUGUGGGCUCUUGGAUGCGUGGCCGUUGAAAUGUUUACCGGGUUCCCUAUCUAUCCUGGGUUUACUGAACACCAAAUGCUGGAGUACAUCACUGAGACCCAGGGUCCGUUUCCUGACUUCAUGCUGGAUUUUGGUAUCAAAACUAAGCGAUUCUUCAACAAGGGGUGGUUGUGGACGCUCAAGUCAUCAGACCAGUAUUUCCGCGAGACAGGAGUCCGUGAUGUUUGGAACGAAGAGUGCCCUCUCAAAUCACUGGAUGAACUUCUGGAGUCCGAGGCGGGGGAUCAGGUGGAGAAAUUUGUGGGCCUGCUGAAGGAGAUGCUGCAGCUCGAUCCCGAGCUGCGCAUCACUCCGCGGGACAUAGUGUGCACUCUUCACCAUGGCAACGCUGAACACGAUGACACUAGAUUAGACAAUGCAGGGUCAGGCUGCUUAGACAUGGUCACAAGUCUGAGUCUGAGCCCCAACAGCUCCCUGGCGUCCGAAGAGCAGACCCGGUUCGACUUGGAUCGGGGAUCUACUUCGGAGUGUUGCAGCAAGGGGGGCAGAAAUGUGUCAAGCUCCAGAGACAUGGUCACACGUUUCAGGAGGAACUCCACAGAGCAGAGCGGACUGCAACAGCUGGAGUCUUGUGAUGAAACAUCCAGUUCCUUCUCAUACAACUCAGCAACAGAGGUUAUCUCGGACCAUUCAGGAGCUUUGAGACCAGCAGCAGAUGUCCAGAAAGAGGUAGCAGGGAAAUGGAGCAAGGUGAAGCUGAAGACCCUGUGCUGCUGUUGCUGCCCCACCGUCGAUGCCGUUUAAAAAGCAUGUGCUGGUGCAUCGAUGGGCGGUGAUGCACAAGUGAUGGUGUCUUGCCAUAAGGCGACAUUCGUCCAGCAAUGCACCAGUGAGGAUAGCCUGCCAUAGAGGGACAUCAACCCAGUGACCCACCAGGGAAGUGGUCAGUCAGGUACAUCUGCCCAGAGAUGCACCAGUGCCGAUUCACUGUCACAAAGGGAUGUCCGCCCAGUAAUGCACCAGUGAUGAUGGCCCGUCACAGAGGGACAUCGGCCCUGCCAUGCAGCAGAGAUGAUAAGCUGUCAUAAAGGAACAUUCUCCCAGUGAUGAACCAGGAAGGUUGGCCAGUCAGGGGCAUCUGCACAACCAAGCACCAGGGAUGAAGGCCUUUCAUAGAUAGACACCAAUAAAGCGAUUUACCAGUGAUGAAUCGUAUUGUCCCACCUUUCAUAAUGGGACAACCUCCCAGCGAUGCCCCUGUUUGCACCAGGGACGUUUGCUAGAAAUUAACAUUCAGCAACCGGAUGCAGUAGCGAUGAUGCCCUGCCAUAGAAGGACAUCCGUCCAGCAAUGCACCCACAAUGAUGACCUUUCAUAAAGGGACAUCUGCCAAGUGACGCACCAGGAGAGUUGGCCAGUCAUGGACAUCUACCCAAAGGGACACCAAGGCUGAUAUCGUGUUGAUGGCCUGUCAUAGAGGGCGACCAGCCCAGUGAUGCACCAGCGAAGUUGGGGGAAUGUCAGGGCAUUCGCUCAGCAUUUGCCUGUGAAGAUGUCCUUCCUAAAAUGACCAAGCCAUGCACCAGGUGUGAUGCCCUGCCAUGGAGGGUCAUUGGCCGAGCCAUGCACCAGCCAUGAUUAAUAAAUGCUUUAAAUUAAUUUUGCCCAGCUCUGUCAUGCUACAACUUUG